GAUCAUCUGACAGUUUGUGGGCAGACAGCUGAAGUGAACGUCGAUGGUUCCCUCCCACUUUUACUUCCCGGUGUAAUUCAUUGGAGAAUCCGUAAACAAUGUGUUUUGUUAAUGAAGUUUUGCUUUGUACGCUUACGGGAUGCUGAAUCGAACGGAAUUAAAUCUGUGACUGCCAUAGUGUUGUUGCCGUGGAUUGUUCGUGGAGGCCCAGCUUCAUUUUCUUUUUAACUAAACUACAACCUAUAUGAUGGAAAACACUAGGAGGUUGAGUAAUGAUUAUUCAGAGAUGACACGGAGAUUGCCGUUAAAAUUGAGAUUAUCUUACGGCGUGGGACAUGUUCUGAAUGAUAUAUGUGCGUCUAUGUGGUUUACAUACUUAUUGGUGUAUUUCCAUUUAGUUUUGCAGUUUGACAGUUUUUUGUCUGGUACGAUACUUCUAGUAGGUCAAGUGGCAGAUGCACUUUCAACACCUUUCGUUGGUAUUCAUUCGGAUAAGGAUGACGACUUUUGGCUUUGUAAAUAUGGUCGACGGAAAACUUGGCAUCUUAUAGGAACUGUCUGUGUUAUUGGAAGCUUCCCUUUUAUUUUCUCUCCGUGCCUCGGCUGCAGGGACAGCAGUCAUGUGGCACAGAUGGUGUAUUACUCUGCGUUCGUCAUCAUAUUCCAGUUUGGUUGGGCUGCUGUUCAAAUCUCGCAUCUGUCUCUCAUUCCCGACCUGACGCCGAGCGAGCACGAGCGGACAGGCCUCAUUGUGAUCAGGUAUAGCUUCACUGUGUGUUCAAGUCUGAUGAUAUACUUUAUUACCUGGGGAAUAUUCCACAUGACAAAUGAUAUUACGGGGGCUCCUAUUGGGCCCAGUGAUACAGUAAAAUUCCAGCAAAUUGUGGCAGCGGGGCUGUGCGUGGGCGCGGCAACGUCGCUGGUGUUCCACGUGUUCGUGAAGGAGGGCCCGGCCCAGGCGGGGGAGCACGUGAGCGCCGUGGGGCAGAGCAAGAGGACGCUGGCCUGCGUGCUGCAGGACGUGCGACUGUACCAGGUCGCCGUGGUGUACACGGCCACCCGCCUCUUCUGCAACCUGUCGCAGGUGUACGUCCCCUUGUACCUGCACGAGUCCCUGCGGCUGGGGGCGGAGAGCCUCGCCGUGGUGCCCCUGGUCAUGUUCGUCGCCAGCUUCGUCAUGUCGCUCUUCGCCAAGGCGCUCAACAGGAGAACUGGGCGGAAGAUUGCUUUUAUGUUUGGUGGAGUUUUGGGCAUCGGAGGCUGUGUGUGGAUAUACUUUGGAAUUGGUGCACAAUAUGCGACGUAUGAAAUCUAUGCUGCAGCAUGUUUACUUGGUGCUGGGAGCUCCGUGAUGCUUGUGACGAGUCUCGGCAUAACUGCUGACUUCAUAGGCAUAAACACCAACAACGGAGCAUUUGUGUACGGCUCAAUGAGCUUCGUGGAUAAGCUGGCCAAUGGUGUUGCAGUUAUCAUCAUUCAGUACAUGAAAUGCUCUUCAGGUUGCCCAAUGUACUACAGGGACAUUUUGAGCUUUGCUUGUGGUGGAGCGGCUGUGCUGGGCUUGGUGAGUGUGGUCCCACUCUACUUGAACCAAACCCCAAGUGCUUUGGGUUUUGAAUCAUCUUACAAAGAGAUUGACGAAGACAAUAAUACUGAACCGCAAAUGGUAGAUAGCAGCAGUACAACUGUACAGGCAUCGUCAAGUCGAAGUUCUGUCAUUGCGUAAUAUUUAUAUAUAUAUUUUUUACUUUUUUCCCCUGUGUUUUGGCUGUGAAACUGUCCUUUGCAAUUUUAUAAAAAGAAUAUUUAUUAGAUAGCAUAUAUUUGUGAAGUGCACAUUAAUGACAAGCACUUUUAGUUUCCUGAAGUUGGCAUAUCACAUUACUAUAGUAGAAAGUGUUUUGUUAUAUGAAUGUAAUUUUUUAUAGUACUUUUGCCUUUCGACAUUAUUAUUUUACUAACAUCAUGAAACAAUAGCUCUGAACUACUAUGUACCAAAUAUGUGCGUACAUACAACUUUUAUCAUCUUUUAAAACAUUAAAAAUGACAUGUAAAGAGUUUGUGUGGUGUACAUUUUACAGUUUGUUUAAUUUUGAAUAACUUGAUUUUGCAGCUUAAGAAAUUAUUUUCACCCUCUUCUGUAGUUUUCUACUGCAUAUGACACUUUACUUUGUUGUGGGUUUGUGACUUGUGUCUGUACCACAUAUCAAUUAAGUGAAACCGUGAAAUGUUUUGGAUUGUAAAAGUAGUACUAUAUCUGAAUGAGAUAAAACAAAUUAUAAGAUUUUAAGUGGCCACAAUUACUGACAUUACAAUUUUAAUUAAUUGUUGAGACACAUCUUAUUCUAGCUUACUAUUAACAGUGUACAUUCACCUGAAAUUAAAUUAUAAAAAAAAUUAUUUUAAUAUUCGAAAAAUAUUUGUAUCAGAAUAAAAUAUAACUAUUGUACACUAGCUGUUUCUAAUUUUUUUUCUGAACAAACAUUGUGGUGGGUAGGUAACAAGAAGGGCACAUGAGGGAGUUUAAAAUACAGUGUUGCAUCUUUUAGAUAAAAUAAACAAUAACAUUUUUAUAUGAGCCAUUCUAAAUGUUUUCUGGAGACGUUUUCAGCAUCAAAUUAAUGCAGAGAAGGCACUGAAGUAAGAUGUUGGUACAUAUCUACAAUAUCAUGCAAAUUGAACUACCCAGAGUAGAUAACUUUUGUGUAAAACUUUGUGUUAAAUUUGGUACAUUCAUUAGUGUUUACACAAAACCUGCUGCCUUUCGCAAUACAGAAUACAAAACAGUUUUUUGAUAUUAAAUUGUGGUAAAACACUUGAAAUCAUGUUUAAAAUCUCAAAAGUGUCACAAAAAUUUUCUGCUUCUACAGCAUAGACUAUAUUGUCGCGGGUUGAAAUUUUGCAGGGUUGUUGAAAUCAAAUUUAGGGACUUUACUGACGGGACUCUGGGCUGGCUGCUCUGUUCACUCGUCAGCGCAAGUGGCGUGACCAUGUAAUUGGGGCACGGGGCCGGCGCGGCGCGCUGCGGGCUUGCAGAAUUUUGUUUGUUUGUUUGGCCGCGCGCUGGCGCAGCCACGGGCCGCAGUUACUGGGGCGCGCUGUCGUAACAAGCCGCGCGGUGUGGCCUGCACAUCGGGGUAGAGGGGGGGUAGUCUUCCCAGAUGUUCUAGUUAGUUGUUUAGUAAAUUUGACUUCAAUAACGAGCUUUUGUUAUGGUAGGCGCGGCAGGGCGCGCGAAUUUAAGCGCAAGUGAGUGGUGACUCGGGGCUCACUCAGGCGGAGGCUAUGCGUCUCACCUGUGGUCACGAGUUGUUAGUUCGUUCGUGAUGUAGGAAUUCAGGCUCACUCAGGCGGAGGCUAUGCGUCUCACCUGUGGUCACGAGUUGUUAGUUCGUUCGUGAUGUAGGAAUUCAAGCUUUCGGGCGGAAGCUAUGGUCGACGCCAGAGGCCACGAGUCGUUUAAUUUAAGUUAGGUCAUAAUGUAGUCGUCAAGCUUUCGGGCGGAGGCUAUGGCCCUCGUCAGGGGUCACGCGUCAUAGUUUUUAAAAUGUAAUGUUCGUUCGGGAUUUCAAGGGCAGGAGAGGCCCCUACGUUAUUUUUUUAAAGUAAUCGAUCAAGAAAGGCUUUUCGGAAAAUGUGAGUAUGGACUUAUCUUUGUUUUAAUUUUAAGUAUUAAUUAUGAUUUGAGGUAUUCGGAAGGACUAGGGAAGUGUUUAGUGAAGUUCUCUCAUUCUCUCUCUUGUAAGGUCGUUCAAUCGUUAAGGAAGUAAAGAGAUUAUUGUUUUAAAUUGUAAUCCCGCUAUUUAAAUGUUCUUUAAAAUGAUGUUGAGUAUUUGACUUUAAGAAUAAAAUAAUUUUAAUUAAGUAUUAUGUUAUUUUGCAAAAUCUCCUUAGUUCAGCUCUCACCAGACAUCCUGUACGGGAUGACGAACCUAUGAUCCUAGGUACAGUAAAGUAUUUUAUGAAGUUAAGACUAGUUGAUGCCAAGCGAGUUGUUUCUAUGUAAAGAGCUACGAUUCUCGCCCCCCCCCUCUGAAGGUGGAUCGUGACAGAAAUGGCGGUGGCACCGGCUAGGUGCACGUGACAGAAAUGGUGGAGGCGCCGGGUAGGUUCUAUUUCUGGAGAGAGAGAGAGGUAGAUUUUUAUGUUUAUUAUUAAGUUAGUUUCAGCUUCUGAUAGCAGGUUAUUAAGAGUUUACUUGAGGAGAGGAUUACGGAAUUUUAGUCUAUAGUGGAGGAAGUCUUUGAGAUUUUUUUUUUGACGUAACAGAUGUUUAUUUGAGGAUACUUGUAAGGAUAAAGUUUAUAGUGAUAAGUUGUUUUAAGUCGUUGAAUUUAUUGUAGAUUUAUAUCGGGGAUUAUUACGUGAGGAGAAUACGUUAUAAGUUAAAUGCUUAUUAGAGAUAAUGCAAGUGGUUUAAUUUAAUUGAAGUUCAUUUUAAGAUUGUAGGUUAAGAGAAUUAUAAUUUAAAAUAAAAAUUUUUUGUCGUAAAUAGGAAUUAUUUUCAAGUGAAGUUUGUUUUGUUGUCGUGCGCGUAGGAGACGAGACGUACGAAUUAAAUCAGUCGAGGGAAGGAUAAACGUUAGAAAGGAAUUAAAGAGAAAACGAGAGUUUAUGUAAAAGAGAGUUAUAGAAUUUAUAGUGAUGUUUUGUUUUAAUUAGAAAAAUGUUGAGAGUUGUUUCAGAACGACACGUCAGUGGACGUGGCAGAGUGAACACGUGACGGGGAGGUGCUGAGACCUAGCGGAGAACGGAGGAACCGCAAGCGAGGGUUGGCGCACCUGAUGGAAUUCGGUGACGUCACGGGCUCAUACGGAGACGUGGACAGGCCGUGACCUUGUUUUGAUCAGCUGUACGGUAACUUAGCGAUAAGAAAAUAGACUAUUGGUUAAAUAAAUUUAAAUUUAAGUGUGUUUUAGAAGAAGAGGAACUUUCAGUAUGUAAGUAAUUUAUUUUAAGAAGUGUAUGAUGUAUAGGCUAGAAGUGUUUCGUUGUAAGUUGUUUAUGUUUUUGUUAGUUAAAUUCUACCUCGGUUUUAAAAAUAUUUUUUUGGGAUUUGUAAACAUUAUUAAGGAGGUACACUAUAAAAUCGAUAAGCAUUAAGAAAACUGGGAAGGCUAGAUUUUGUGUGUAGAGGGAAUUUACUCCAAAAGAACAGAGAGACAAAAUUAAUGUUUUCAUUAGGGCGAGGGACCCUAAGGUGAGGCGUUGUGUCCCUGGGAAGAAAGGGAAUUGUAGCGCAGACCAUAGGAGAUGGGCUGACUACGGAAUUAAGGGUCAGGAGAAUCCUGAGAGUUGUGAGUAGUUUGGGGCAGGAGUUCCCCAUGGUAGUACCGAAGUGGCUAUCCUGUAUGGGAUAGGGUACCAUUUCAAUGAAGUUUGUUGGUGGGGUUAGAGCCCCCUGUGUAGUGGGCCUAUAGCAGAUAGGCACUACAGUGAAUUUGGUUAUUUUGUGAGGUAAAUUCCCUGGAGGUUAAGUAAGAUUGGAUUCAGUUAGGAAGGAGGGAAAUGAGAAACAUUGCUGUAGAGAGUUAGUGUACUUGCCUAAUGUGAAAUUGAAUUUUAAUAAAUUAAUUAAUGAGAAAGUUUUUUCUGGUCAAAUAAUAAUGGAAGGGAAUUAAUUAAUUUUUUUGAGUAAGGUGUUUUAAGUAAUGAAAUAAAAUAAUGUGAAGUAAUUUGAAUAAUUGGGGAGGAAUUUCUUUAAGAGUUUAGAUAAUUGUUUUUGAAUUUAUUGAGAUAUUCAGCCAGUGGAGUUUGAGUGUGAGAGAUACAGUGAGAUUUUAAGGAAAUCGGUUGUUUAUUAAUUAGGACAAAUGAGAUUUUUUGAUUAAGAGUCAGUAAGCAUAGUUAAAUUUACGACAUAAUAUUUGUUGACAGUUUACAGUUAUUAAGGAGAAAACAGAGUAAUCUAUUUAUUUUUAUUUUAAGGGUUUGAAGAUAAGAUUAUGAAUUUUUUUUUUUGAAAGUUUCUUGGGCAUGUUUGAAUAAUUUUUAUUUGGAUUUUAAGAAAUUACAGAGAAAAUUUAAUUGAUUUACAUUAGUUUGGAAGUAUGGAGGUUUAGUGUUCGAUUAGCCCUAACUUGAUGGUCGGAUCCCAAAAGAAUGCCGUAAAACCGAUAGCCAAUUGAGAGGAAUGCGGUAGGCGCUUGUGUAGAGAGGGGUUGUGGGAAAACUCCUUGGGACUGAUGGCAGAUCAGGGGCCCUAAAUAGUGUGUGAUGCUGUAAAACCAGUGCAGGGAAAGCCUGGUAUGCUUAAAUUUUUGGGCACAGGUUAUGUAAACCUGGGGUUCCAUGGGAUUUAGUCAUGUUAGCUGCUGUGAGACAUUGAGAUUUCCAGGCUCCAUAGUAAAGUCAAUGUAAAUUUUUGUUUUCUUAAAAUAAUAAAUUUGUUUUUAAUUUAUUUGAGAUAUUUGAUUUGGAACAGUGAAUACAGACCCCGAGGAAAAAGAGUUGUCAUGCUGUGAGAGGAGAAGGUGGUAGGCCUAAAAGGGUACAGGCACCACAGAGGUUAUGUGCAUUGCAUAAUUUAAAUAUAAGGAAACUUGAGAAUUUGAAAUUUUGUUGUUGGGUUGUACACCCAUAAGAAGAGUAUAGGCAGAAUUUUUAUUGUUAUGAGAUGUCUAAUUUAAUUGAAAAGAAGAAAGUUUAAAGAUGCAAGGUAACAUUAUUAUUGUAAUAAUUGAAAGAGAUUAAGAGGUAGAGAGAAAUAGGCAGUUUUUGUUUGUAAGUACUAAAGUUUACAAAUAGAAAUUUAGUAACUAAGAAUGAAUAAUAAGUUAAGUCUAGUGUAAAAGUUUUUUUAAGUUUGUUAAGUUAAGAGUCACAAGUAAAUUUUUUUUUAGAGAGAAUGUCUUUGAUAGGAAGUAUUAGAAACUUAUGGGAAUUUUAGGGUAACAUAAAUAAUGUAGGUAAUGAAUAAUAAAUAGAUGGUAGGUCUUAAGUUAGGAUUAACAUUUGAAGCAGAAUUUAAUUAAGAAGAAGGAAAAUAAAUAGGCCUAAUGAAAAGAACAAAAAAGGAUUUUAUGGUAAAGCAUUUUUUUUAAGUAAUAAACAAUGAAUAAUAAUGUUGUUUCAGGGUAAUGUGUACUAAUAAUACAAUUUUUUUUUUAGGACCAAAGAACAGGAAUUAUGUAAUUUAAAUUAACAUGUAUUUUUGAAACUGUUACAGAUUCCUUAAGAUGAGCUGAGCAGCAGUCCAGUUUACAAGAUGACAAGAGUUCGAGAGACAAGAUACAAGAUCACUGAAACAAGAGCCAAGACUGAAGAUUCAAGAGAAGAGAAAGCUGGCAGCCAUGGACUUACAAGUGGAGAUUAAUAAGGUCAUGUAAAGUUUUAUUUUUUUUUAUGGAAGACAGUAACUGGAGUUUUUUUUUGUUAUAAACAUUAUUUACAGAACUUUUUAGGUUAUAGUAAUGUAAUGGAACUAGUGAGUUGUGGUAGCUGUCAAAAAGAACUAAUACCUUAAGUUUAAUUUUUAAAGUUAAUUUUCUUAAUUUACAGAGGGAUUAGUAGUUUUUUUUAAAACCUUAUUUAGGUUGGAAUUUAAAUACAAUAGCUUAUUAUAAAUGUGUACGAACAGUUCAAGUUCACAGUACUGAUAGGUAGGUCAGAUGAUCUUAUUGAUUUUGAUGAUUUGUUGUUUUGAGUUGAUUUUUAAGUGUUGUGAAUUAGACAAUGAAAUAGUUCUGAAAACUUAAAUUAUUUCAAGCUAAGAAAUAGUAAAGUUAAUUGUAACUCAAAGGACACCAGAAUUUAAUUUUUUUUUGAAUUAGUAAUGUUUGAAAAUUUUAUACUUUACAAGAAAGGUUAUAAACAAACAGAUCGGAUGGAACAAGGAUGCAGUAAAUCACAAUUUCAUUUAGAAUUAUUGAUUAGCUUUUGAGGUUAUGAAGUAAAAGUAAUUAUAGUUUAAAAGUUUGAAUAAAAAAAAAUGUUUUUUUUUUAAUUUGUUUGAAAUAGAAAGUUUAAAAGUUAAUUAGUCAUGAUCUAGGUGGGUGAUGGGGUGGGAAUUGGCCACUCUUUUUCCCUAUAACCUCCCUAACAUGGCCUUCUAUUACAACUAACAGAAAUAAAGAAGAAGAAAAAUGAAGAAUUAUUAGUUAGAAUGUUUCUUUCAUGAAGAUACCUGAUGAACUUUUACUGUUUGGAAGAAUAGAAGCAAGGUUAGUCAGAUAUUUUUACUCAGAAGAAGAAGAAGAUAAAGCAGUUUUAUGACUCGACAAGCCAGAGAUUGGUGUUUCCCCUCUGCGCUCCUAUUGACUACGUUGUUUACUCUCAUGGGAUAGCUGGUUCGGCACCAUGGAGAGAGAUUGGUGGGCAUUGUGGUUGCCCCCAGAAGAAAAGAAGAGUAGAAGAGGUUAUGGGUGGGUCAUGUGAACUGACCUUCAACCCAGUUACUUCGUGGGGACUAUUUGCUGUAUAGAGAAGAUCAAGACUCAAGAGGUAGGGAAAAUCAUUGGAGGUCAUGUUUCCCUUCCUUAAGUUUUUCCUAUCAAAUUAUUUGCCUGAUUAGAUUAUGCUAAGGGUGGGAUACUUUAUGUUAGCAGUUGAAUUAAUUAAUUUUAUUUUUUUGUGUGUUUGCAUCCUUGCCCAUCGAUUGCAGUUUAGUAGUUAGUUUUGUAUUUGUCAGGCGUGAUGGUAAUGCCUGUUGAUGAUGUUUCAGAAUUGUAAUCUGUUCGUGAUGAGGAUGGCACAACUCCGAAGCAGAUGUGGGGAGAAGUUGUGAGCUGCCCUGGAAGCCAGUCCAGUAGCUGUUGGAGUUGAGUGGUGUUUGCUGAUGGCCAGCCCAGGGAGCUACUCUUCUCGACAACACUGACUUCGAGGAGUUGCACCAACCUUCACGAGAUAAGAGUUUAAUUAAUUGAAACACUGUAAGGACACUUAAUUUUUUUUGAAGAACGAAAGAAGUAUGGUAAUAAACGGAAACCGGAAAAAAAAAAUAAUAAUAAUUAUCAAGAAUUUGCACAUUGUUUAACGAAUACUGAGAAACUAAGAACAGUAAUUUAAUUUGUAAAGAGAGCUUCACUAACAGAACAAUUUUUUUUGAAUUGAGAACUCGAGCCUCUGAAGGUUCCUGUGAGAACAAACCAGAUAAAAGUUUUACAUUUAAUUUUAUGAAUACUUGUUGUUUUAAAAUAAAUCUUAUGCAGAAUCUAGAUGUAUGUUCAGACAGCAAGGAACUAAGAAAAUUAUUAUUUUUGUGAAAUGAGGAAUUUAUAGUUAUGGUUUAAUGGAAAAAGACAAUUUGUAAUUUUGAGGUAGCUCGAUGGGGCUCGAGCUCUGUGAGGGGAGGGUUAUGUCGCGGGUUGAAAUUUUGCAGGGUUGUUGAAAUCAAAUUUAGGGACUUUACUGACGGGACUCUGGGCUGGCUGCUCUGUUCACUCGUCAGCGCAAGUGGCGUGACCAUGUAAUUGGGGCACGGGGCCGGCGCGGCGCGCUGCGGGCUUGCAGAAUUUUGUUUGUUUGUUUGGCCGCGCGCUGGCGCAGCCACGGGCCGCAGUUACUGGGGCGCGCUGUCGUAACAAGCCGCGCGGUGUGGCCUGCACAUCGGGGUAGAGGGGGGGUAGUCUUCCCAGAUGUUCUAGUUAGUUGUUUAGUAAAUUUGACUUCAAUAACGAGCUUUUGUUAUGGUAGGCGCGGCAGGGCGCGCGAAUUUAAGCGCAAGUGAGUGGUGACUCGGGGCUCACUCAGGCGGAGGCUAUGCGUCUCACCUGUGGUCACGAGUUGUUAGUUCGUUCGUGAUGUAGGAAUUCAGGCUCACUCAGGCGGAGGCUAUGCGUCUCACCUGUGGUCACGAGUUGUUAGUUCGUUCGUGAUGUAGGAAUUCAAGCUUUCGGGCGGAAGCUAUGGUCGACGCCAGAGGCCACGAGUCGUUUAAUUUAAGUUAGGUCAUAAUGUAGUCGUCAAGCUUUCGGGCGGAGGCUAUGGCCCUCGUCAGGGGUCACGCGUCAUAGUUUUUAAAAUGUAAUGUUCGUUCGGGAUUUCAAGGGCAGGAGAGGCCCCUACGUUAUUUUUUUAAAGUAAUCGAUCAAGAAAGGCUUUUCGGAAAAUGUGAGUAUGGACUUAUCUUUGUUUUAAUUUUAAGUAUUAAUUAUGAUUUGAGGUAUUCGGAAGGACUAGGGAAGUGUUUAGUGAAGUUCUCUCAUUCUCUCUCUUGUAAGGUCGUUCAAUCGUUAAGGAAGUAAAGAGAUUAUUGUUUUAAAUUGUAAUCCCGCUAUUUAAAUGUUCUUUAAAAUGAUGUUGAGUAUUUGACUUUAAGAAUAAAAUAAUUUUAAUUAAGUAUUAUGUUAUUUUGCAAAAUCUCCUUAGUUCAGCUCUCACCAGACAUCCUGUACGGGAUGACGAACCUAUGAUCCUAGGUACAGUAAAGUAUUUUAUGAAGUUAAGACUAGUUGAUGCCAAGCGAGUUGUUUCUAUGUAAAGAGCUACGAUUCUCGCCCCCCCCCUCUGAAGGUGGAUCGUGACAGAAAUGGCGGUGGCACCGGCUAGGUGCACGUGACAAUAUAUGUGAUAGUGUGUGAAACCGAACUGCUGAGAGAAUUUAUGUGAAAUAUUUGAUAGUACUAUAUGUGUAUGUAGCCUUGAUUGUAUAAACAUAUUAUGAUUGUUGAGGGUUUUCUGUGUACCAUAUUGUUAUGACUCGCUCUGAGCACUCUGGCAAGCGGCUUCGAGGCUCGCCCUGAGUCAAACACGAGGUGUCAGCAGUUUCAACACCGCCAGCGAAACAGCGACGCGAGUCGCCGAAGGCCGACCGCCGCUGCGAGAGAAAAGAGGACAACACGGAACAUCAACACGGACGCGGAUGGAAGAAUAAAAACGACAGCCACCGUCGAGAAGGGGCUUCUUCUGGUCACCGGCGACUGGACGGCUGAAGUCGUGACGCCGGAACCACGGAGCGCCGUGUCCUCGGCCGCCGCAGUCCGUCGUUGAAUUCCUGCCGCGAGCGCGACCCAGCACAGCGUGGGUAAGGAACCUGCCGAGGUGUGGUAGCGAGGCUCCCCGAUAAUUGUCUAAAUGGGUGACCGCUAACUCUAUAAUAGUACGUGACAUUAAAUCAAGUCUCUAUAUUGAACUGUCUUUCAUUGUUAGUCUUGAGCCCCCUAUCACCCUGUCUUAGAAUAGUAAAUAAUUGAGAUCAUCUUAAGGUUGUAUCAUAACAAUAUGCAAUUCAUUUUACUGUGCAAAUAUUUUUAUGGAUGUAUUUAAAGAGAUAGUAGCCCAGUCUUGCAUAUAAUUAUAUCUCCAGUGCUAUUUACUGUAGACCCUAGAAAAGUAAAAAUGUGUGUAUCAAGAAAAGUAUUUUUUACGCUAAUUUUGGAAUUCACAAAUGAAAAUAAUUUUUAAGUGUGUGUGAUUGCUUGGUUGCUAAAUUUAUGGGUUUAGAAUGAAAUCCAUAGUCCACACAUGGAUAAAUUUCAGUCUGAAAUGAACAAAUGGUUUGCUAAAGAAUCUCAACGUAAACUGACAGGAAUGAAUAAUACUUUUAUUCAAUUUAUGGAGUAUAAAUAAGUGACUUAAAUUUUCAUUGUUUAGUACAUUACCUGGAGUUGUUUAGAGGUUAGAAAUAAUUUCAAAUUGUUACAAAUUGAUCAGUGAGAGAGAGCUGCAGUGCAUUAUAGAAGUUGAGAUGGAUUUAAUUGUGACACAGCCAUUUAUGUAAUUGUUUGGGAUAUUACAUCAAUAAAAGGCAUCUCUAUUAACAUUUUUCACUCCAUGUUUACACAGCUUGAAUAUACUUUACACACCUGCCGAAUGCCAGAAGAGAACUCUAAGUCAAUAUGACUGCAGAAGCAAGCUUCCACUACGAGUGCAGUAAUGAAAGGAAAUUAAUAUGAGACAAAAGUAAGCCCUUUUAAAUACCAAUGCAAACAUGUUUAUACGAUAAAAUGUUUAUAAGUCAGCUAAAGGAAAAAAAUCUAUACUCUAACUUGUACUUGGUGAACACGAAGCAUGUGCCUAUGGCACAUUGCUGAUGCAUUGCACAAGUUCUCGUGUGACAAUGUUCUUCAGUACACGAAUCCGAUUCUUUUGCGACAAUGAAUCACAAUUUUUUUUCUUGCUCAGCUUGAACGGGGCGCUAAAAGCCCACUGAAAUGUUAUGUACAGUUCCUAGCAUGCAGUCUUUGUCUUUCCACAACUAGCUUCACUACCAAAUAGUUGUUGGCAAAUGGCAUCUCUAGUAUAAUAUAAUACCUUGGGUGUACAUCAUUGCUGGUUUAAUGCUGGCUAUCAGGGAACAUCAAAUGUGAAUACAUAAACAAAUUGAAAUAAAACCUUUAUUAUCUGGUGUCAAAUGUUACAUAGAGGAAGGAAUUCAGUCAGAAAAAAUGACAGCGCAGGUUUCUAUGACAAAACAGUUGCAAUGUUUCAGGAACUGUCAUCGGGCACAUGCAAACUAAUUGGGAACACUGGGAAACAGUGUGUAUGCAUUAGAUACAAGAUACAAUACAUGAUACAAACCCCCCUUUCCAUUCCCUUCUGCUGUGGCCAAUGCAUUCUCCUGAUUGAGUGAUUGGUAGUGUACUUUUGAUCAGAUGUUAUUGGCUGGUAUCUUGUUCAUGAAGGUGGUGGUUUUCAAUUGUUUUGUGAAGCAAAUUCAAUGAAUGGACAUUUUUGGGUUUCAAUGGUUUUGCAUAAGUAAUGAAAAACUGUUGUCUUUUAGGUUUUUUUGCAGAUAAUUCUCUUAACUAUAUGAUAAAGGAAAACCUGUACGAUUCUGGAUGGUUGGCCACACUAAUGCGUGCCCUGAAUGCAGCUGCUACAUGUCCUCCUAAAGCGUGGAAUGGAACUGACAUUUAAUGGUCCGGGGAGUGUUGUUUGAAACCAUCGGAUGUAACAUUUAAUUAUCAGUAAUUUGAUUAUGUACCUUUGUGUUAAUUUAUACUAAUGGAAACUUAAUUUUUUUUUGAUAAAUUAAUUUCCAAAUGUUGUACUGCACUAUGCAGGUUUGGGGAUAAUUUUUGGCGUACCUGCAUUUAUUAUUAAUACAUGUAAGCAUCACAGUGUUGAUUUGUUAGUUCUCUAUAUGCAUUUAUCUUAUUUGUUAUUUUUUUUUUUUUCAUGUUUUGCUAGUUUUCUCAACUGACUUCAAUGGAAAAUAUUUUUUAAUUCUGUAAUUAUUUUGAACAGCGAUGGUUUAUGCAAGUGUGUAUGUCGUUAAUUUUCUUUAAAUUUACUUCAUGUAAUAUUGGGAACUUUAUUUUGUGUAUAGCUAUUAGAAAAAACUGAAUGAUAUCAACUGUUUUUAAUGGCUGUGAAUGUAGUCCAGUACAUAGUCAACAAUGCCUUGAAAACUUUUAAUGAAAUAGAAAAAAGUUGUAAAGAGUGUGAAUUUGAGAAUAUAAAGCAAUGCAGAUCUGGGUUUUUAUUUUGUGUUUGUACGCUUAGGCAUACAUGUAUCUAUUUAAUUUUUUUGUGUGUGAAUGUAAUCAAAGAGUUUAUACAUUAAUGUGCACUUGCAAUCUCUGUUUACCUCAAUUGUGUUAAGCCCUGCAAAUAUCAUAUGAUGUUGUUAUUGAUUUUACACGGGUUUAAGAUGUGAGUACGCCUUUAAGAUUUUUUUAUUAGUAUGUAGUGUAUUGCUCUAUUGGGGUUCACUGCUUUUGCCUUCAAUUUCUUGUAAGAUCUGAGGUCUAGUCAUGACAGAUUUUCUUAUUCUCAAAGCUUUUACUUGUGUAGCUUUAUUAGUUGGCAGUUAGUUGCUGUAAUUUUUGGAACCUGACAGUAAGGCUUGGGUCUUAAAAGAGGUGUGUAGAAAGUAAAGAAAAAUAUGUGAUAAAACUGAUAAAAAGCCUUGAAAGUUUUUACUUACCAAGUGAAGAACUUCAGUGGGUUAGUGGUGCUGUAUAAUUUUUUUAAUAAGAACCCCUUUUCUUACGCUAUUCAAGGGUGCCUGAAAAUGUUUUUAUAAGCGAGAAAGUGUAAAAUGUGGGAAAUGUAUGAAAAAUUCCUUUUUUUUUUCCCUCAGAGUACUAUGAUAUUAUAAGACCUGAACAUGACAUACUCUGAUAUUCACAUAAUUAUUCAUUAAGAGUGUCUGCAGCAUAUUUAAAGAGAAGAAUUAACAUUAAAGUCCCAUAUUUUUAUUCUGUAUAGGUAACUGUAUAUACAGUAUUUGUACAUAUUUUCAUUAGCAAUUCAUAUUAACGUCACACAUUUACAGAUUAAGAAUAGUACUAAAAAAUCAGUACUUUAUCACAAAGAAUAAGGAAAGUGAACUAUCACAAAAGUUAUGUUUAUAUAAAAAAAAACACAAAGCACGGUUUAUCAAAACACUUCUUCAGUAUUUCAAAAAAUAAACCACACUAGACUCCAUUUUCUUCAAUGAUUUUGUGAUUUUUCACAACUGUGUUCAGAGUUGAAAUAGGCACGCUUAACAUCUCAGCGAGUGAAACACUAGUACCUUUGUGCUCGUCCGUGCUCUUUAAAAUGUUUAGUUUUUCAUCCAUUGAGAAAGUUUUCCAUCUUUUACAUGCUGCACGUCAAUAAAAUAUAGAUAAAAAUUUAGUUUAUUACUCUAAAAAAAAUACAAAAUUUUAUGCAUAUUGACAUUUAAAUUUGUUACUGACCAUGUUAUGAUUAACAGACGUGGACAAAGAUAAAUACCGUAAAUAUAAAUACAAACUGUACAUAUAAGUUACUGAUCUUCAGUACAGGAUUUAUAUUAACUGUAGCUCUAGCGUUGCGUGCUAGCAUUUUCUCAAAGUCUUCCAUUACUAGGCUAGUGUUGGCAGCCUGCCAAUAUCAUUUUUGAUGGAAGAGCACAUAGAAAAAAUCUAGGAACUAUAGCGCCAUUGUUCCCAAGAGCAUUUUGAAUCUCGUAUUUUACAUGAAAGUGUCAUCUUCAUAUGUACAUGAUCAACACGUAAUCAUCAGGAAUUUCUUGUAUUGAGACAAAUGAGUUUAAAACGGGACCGAAAUAAAAUGGUGUAAAUGACAGGAAAACGUAAAAAGCGGUAAUGUAAGAGUGGGGUUCUACUGUAUUUUGUUGCUGAUGUGUAUGAAAUGCUAGAAUUUUUUGAAGUGAUAUUGUUAUUUGCAGUGCAGAUUCUUAUGCAUUUGUGAUGGUUUUGUGGUGUUAAUUUUCAGCUGGUGCAUUACAAAAACCUUAGAUGUGUGUACUAUCUGAGCAGAAUUAAAUGUAAAGCCUUGUAUUUUAUCAAGAAUGCUUUAUUUUGUGUGUUGUUGUGAAUUCUGGAUAAUAAUAUUUUAUUCUCAUUUAAUGUGGUUAUAAUAAAUUAUUGUAUUUGUUUCCUAGUUUAUCCAUUAGGUUUUUAGUACCUACCAAAAUUGUAGAGUAGCGAAUUGUAUAGUGAAACUAGCACUGAUUCUGUGUAGCUACACACUACAACUGUGGGCGUUUUGCCUAAAUUAAAAGUUGAAUCUCUGUACAAAAUAUAUUUCAGUAUUUGUACAGAUUCGUUAUACACUCGCCAAAAAUAUUUUGUAACGCGAUGCCUUAUGCAAAUUAAGGUAAAGUGAAUAUGUGCAACUUACAGCCUAUCUAAUCCCUGAGGGCAUGUACGCCAUUCAAAACCUGUAUUAGACAUGGCAAUUGUGUAAAAUACAUAAGCCUUUCUUAAUAAUAACUUUAGGGAAAACAUGCAUGAAGAACAGUGUUUGCUAAAGUAUUGAUGACAAUUGUUGGUGCUUCCCAUCCCAACCAAGGCAUGUGCGGUCAUGCGAGAGCAGGAAUGCACCCGGUACCACACAAAACAGCGCAACCAAUAACCAAUGUGCAACCCCAUUAAUAUAUUGAAUAUGGCCCACGCUACAGUCAACUAAGUAUUUAAUGUAUUUUUUUUUAAACAUUAUGAACUAUAUUGAUAACCAUUACCAUUAGAAAAAAUUGUCAUUAUAAACAAUGCGUGUUUUAAACAUUCCAUAUCCAUUUCACUGAUGCGGCCUUGAGGAAAGUUUGAAACACGUUUUCCAUGCUAAAAUAACAUUGAACUCAAGUUAUUUCUUGGUAGGGGGUUGGCAACUGAUCUCCAUUGUGCUACAGGGCUCAACGCAUUCUGCGGAGCCCUCACGUUCAAGCAACUAUCCAACAACUUUUCAACCAUAAUGUUAAGAGUACUUAACUCACCUUCCACGAGCAUUGCAAUAAAGUACGCACCACCACGUGUGUAAUGACAUGUAUCAUCAGCCGAAGCCGGCACACGUCUGAAACUAGGGAACCAUCGGUUACAACCAUGUCCGCAAGCUACAUGACUAUUAAACCUACUUCAGGAUAACUGUAACUUGACUAUUAAGCUUACUUCAGGAUAACUGUAACUAUCCAGUGACAUAGAGCGUCAAACAUGUAUGUGCACUGCGGUGAGCUCUGAUUGCUUGUGUGUGAAAAAGGCUGUGUGUGUAAAUAGUUACUUGAAAGUCAAUAUAAAAAAGACCACAGUGUUACAAAUGUUCACCUGAUUGUUGUCGGUUGUAACCACAAAGCAAGGAAGAUAAGGGGAGACAACCCAUUUCCAGUUUUUAGUCUUGUUACAAUGAACAAGUUGGGCAUGACUUUAAUAACCAAACAGUUCUAAAUGACUAAAAAUGGUUCUUAUUAGAUUUUGUACUGAUGCAAUUAACACUUGCACUAGUUUCUUUGAGCUAUAUUAAAAAUUCCCUGAAAACAGCAUAGAGAUACGAUGAAGAUGCACAAACACUUUCUGAGACAUAGACAUUCCCUAACAUUUUCAUUUUUCGUAUGAUGUACGUAAAUAAUUGCGAAGUGAUUUCUUGUUUGAAUUCUUUGAACAGGGGACAGAGGAAGAAUAUCUUCUUCCCUGUGCCAAUCUCUAAAAUACAGUAAGAUUACAAAAGCUAAGUUUGUAAUUAACCAUCUGACAUGUAUGUAUUUAGAUAUAGGUGAGUGUCAUUAAUUUUUUUAUGAAUACACAAAGAUUUAUUGAAUGACUUAGAAAAAUAAAUCAAUGUUAUAAAUACUUGAGGUGGAACACCAGACCAUGCCUCAUUACAGGAGUUUCGGGUUGUUCUUCAAGUAUUUCAAAAUAUUUUCAUUACUGUGAAUUUUUUUAAUGUUUCGUGCAGUGGCGUCUCGUCAGGGCAAGCAAGGCAAGCAGUGCUUGCCCAGGCAGUUUCCAGACAAUGUAUUUUUUAAAUAAAUAUUUUAUUUAGAAUAGUAUUUUACUUUGGCUCGUGCAGUUAGGUGUAUGUAUUUUUUACAUUAUCUUCUUGGGACCCAGUACUGUGCGCUAUAAGAAAAGAAUUCGUUGACACACAAAACAUGCUGUUUUAGAAGCGUUGCUAGGUUUAGAAGCGCUGGUAGGACCGCUUUCAGCAGGAAGGCUGCCGCAGUAGUUUCCUUUCGGAAGGGGGGUGGCAUGGUACAAAGGUUCGAGGAGGGGAUUGGCUGUAAAAACACGUGGUAGAAGCUACGAAGGUAGCGAUUUCUUGCCGAACUGAAGCGAACAUGGCCGAAGCAGACGGUGGAAUUAUUCCGCCGACUGCUUCGGCUAUGUCCGCUAUAGUUCGUCAGGGCAGGUGGCGAGGUCGCGUUUCAGUCGGCGAUCGUCUCUUGGGGCGCGCGCAUCUCUCUCGCGGGCUGUUGGCUGGGAGUUCCCUGCGCCCUAUUGGGUAACCAAAGGCUGGCAGUGCGUGGGGGAUUUGUAGGCGUACGGGAGGCGGCCUAGCAGUGCCAACUGCUACCGACCGCGUCCCGCGGGUGGCGGAUACGGGAGCCCAGCUCGAGAGUUGCAAUCUCGCUGGGGUGGCUGUGAAUAACCAAUAGCAGUCCGCGGACCAAUGGCCGGCCUGUGGAGUCGUUAUCACGGUUAUCGGGGUAUAAGGUAGCCUGAAUGUAGCUCGGCGCGUGGCAGGAAGCAGUUCCGUCGGUGAAGGCACCGCAGGGGAGCUCGAUGUGCUGAAAAAAUGCGAAGUGUAGUCGAACUGCGGGCUGGAACUUGCGGAGCUGUGGACUGCCGCGCGCGCAACGGAACUGAACGGCAUCGGAACUCUGAAGGAAGAGAUGGCGGCGCCUUCAAUUUGGGGCCCUGUUGGAGCCAGUGGUAGCCUGGGCGGCGCGACCUUCAACCGUCCCGGGAAUUUGGAGGACAAGAGGGUCCGACUCGCAAGAUACUUCAUUCGCCUGAACGACUUACCCCCACCUGGCUUGAAAGGUCGUUGGCUGUUGACUGGAAGAAGGAAGAUGAAGAUGGUGCAAUGUCAGGCUGCCUUUCGCCCCGUGCGCCCGCAGUUCGAGCCGGUUUACUGGCUCGUCUGCCCACUUCUGUCUUAACUGUGGCUGCCUGGGCAGCUGGGCUGGGCUGACGAGUGAAGUCGCCCGCCCCUGGGGGCGCAUGCGCCCCUGGCUAAUAAUAACCUAGGAGUACCCAAUAUUUAAAUGCGGGCCGCAAGGCCCAAGCACCCAACUCCAGCAUGGUUGAUUUUUCAGCCCCUCCAACUCUUCUUACCUGGACCCUUCUUCCCUCUUGUCCAGUAGUUACCUGCUUGCUUAAUGCAUGUUAAUUGAUCCCCGCAUGACCCGGCCCAGGGCUUUCUCUGUGUCUAGGCAGGUUUUACCUGAGUCACAUUAGCUAGCUUUUAAGCUAGGCGACCAAUGGGGCGUCAGUCAUGGUGCCAAUUGCAGCCAUGGCUGGCCAGUAAACCCAAAUAGCACACGAUGCACGCGCCCUUGUCCUGCAUGGUUAAAAACCCGCAUGGUAAAGUGUAUAGGCUUCGGCCUGAGACACACAGGUCCUCCCCUAACCUGGACUCUCCCCUACACACUUAGAAUAAUAAUUUAGGCUAGGAAAAAAAUUUAAUUGUGGCGUUUCAGGAAUGGAAUGAUUACGUGCCAGUUUCUUGGUACACGUACCAGUUAACAGAGUUUCUGAUCACGUAUGAAGAUAAUUUCUUUUGUGUUGGUACAAAAAAUACCAACAUUUAAUUUUUACUAUUCUAGUACAUUUUUAUGAGGUUCUUCUCUUUAUUUUAAGUACUUUGCCAUGUGUUGUCUGUUUAUAUAUUUUGUACCAGAUAUCGAUGAUACAACACUCCCACUUAGUAUAUAAAUAAUGUAGAGUAGGUAUUUUAUUAUCAGAAUAAUGUAUGUCAAACAUUAUUAUUUUUCAAAAAUAGUUUAUAAUUUUUAAAAAAAUGUCUUUUUUUCUACCUGUGGAAUAGUCAAUGUUCAGUUAAGAAAACUACUUAGGUAGCACCCUUUUGUACCUUGAAAUCCAUAUUUUCCGGGGGGGGGGUGCCCGGAACCCCCCCCCCCCCCCCCCCAUCACCCACCCACCGGCCGUGUUUUGGGGUGAACGGAGUUGUUGCUUUCCUUCAUGUAAACCUCACGCUUCGCCACUGGUUUCGUGGAAUGAAAUGUAGGAAGAUGGGAGUGCAAAACAAAUUAAAUAAAAAAUGUAUCACUUGAGAAAGUUUUUUUUUUUUCAAAUUUAGCAUACCUAUUAUAACUUCUACACUAGAAAACCUAAUUGUUUCUUAAUAAUCGUAUUAAUGUUCUGUAAUUAAAAUAUGGAUGUAAGAUAUAGUUUUGCUUUUGCAGUUCACACUUAAAAUACCUACAUUUUGUUACUCAUGUUGUCUUAGUUUGUCUGUAAAAUAACAAUUGUUAGGCUGUCAAAUUGAAACCAAUUGGUCGAAACUACAUGCUAAGUGCUUAUAUAAAUCUUUAGUAGACAAUACUAAGAAUUAUCCCCUACAAACUGUAAUCCUGGCUACAGCCCUGAUUACUUCCCAGCCUUAAAAUUCCACAUGUGAUUUUAAUUUAACUCUAAAAAGGACAUUACACAGGCAGUUCUUCUGAAUGAAAAGUUAGUUCCAGAACCCAAUAUAUUUUUUCGGGACUGACUUUCAUUACGAGCCACAAGCUAAUUAGAAUUAUCUAUUCCAUCCAGGGAUAAAUGAGUAGUUCGUAAAUCGUAAAAGGGCAAAUACUUAGCUUGUGAAGACAUAAGUGACAAAGCACAAUGUACAAAUUGUUUUCUCCUUUGCAGUUAUACGUGGCAAAGAUUUUAAGAAGUGUUUCUGUGGACAGGUGUUGAAAGUUGUACAGUACAUUUUGUAUGUAGUAUCAUUAUUCUAAAAAAAAAAAAAAAGGUAAAUUAUUAUUUACAAAUUUUAAAAAUUAAUUUAUGAUUGGAUUGAGGAAAGAAAAUUAUUUUGUUUGGAAAACCAUUGUGUGCUGUGGUACAAAAUAAUUUUAGUCAACUUUUAGUUAAAAAUUUACUACAGUUUUUUUACUUCUAAAUUUUGAAUAGGAAAUUAGUAAACUGUUCAGAGGUGCAUCUACUAAAGGUGCCAGGAGUUUAAAAUAUGUGUAUUUUAUAAAAUGAGAAUGUAGGUAUCUUCUGCAUUUACAACUUUUUUUUAAAAAAUUCUUAUUUUUUAAAAUAUUUAUCUAAGAAACAACAAUACAUGCUAAGUGAAGCGACAGUCUGGGUCUACAGAUCAGGUGAGGCAAUAGAUACAUAGACUGUUCCGCUGCAUUGCUGCACAGUAGGCAAUGCAAGGAUUUGCCACACACACAAAUAUAUUCAAAAUUUCCAUGUAUUUACAAAGAUAGUUAGCAAAUAUUGCUUAAUUAUAGCUUAAAAUGAAGAAAAGCAAGUCCAGCCCUUUUCAUUUGCUUCCAGUUGCAGAAAACGACUGGGAGGAUACCUCUAAAUAAAAAUGGGUAAUUUAUGAUUACAAACCUCAAAACAAUCUACUCAAGUUACACAGUAUUGUGACAAACAUGGCCUUGAUAGGAGAAGAUGGCUAAGUAUGGU